AUGAACACGCCAGAGCGAGGGUGCGGAGUAUGCCAAGCGCGUCGAGUACGAUGUGACCGAACCAUCCCAUCCUGUGCCCGUUGUCUUAAAGCAGGGCGUACUUGCGAUGGCUUUGGUCUCCGGCUAUCCUGGCCACACAGUAGCGACCGGAAGCGAGCAGUCUUCACUGUUCCUCCUCGCAACGAAUCGUCUUUUAAUAAAUCGGAUGAUAUCUCCUUUGUUCAGACGACUUCGUGGGAUAUGCGCAUACACUAUCGUUUGUCGGCUGAAGGAUGGAACCGGACAGUGGGAAAGUAUCUCUCUGGUAGUCCAGUUCUUACCACGCCGGUAAGAUGGAUUCCACACCAAUUAGAUGCCUCGCAGGAAGCUCUAGUUCAAUACUUCGAAUCUCAUGCCUCAUUUUCUCUCACAACUGUCGGCAUUGAUGCCCUAAAACUUCGGAGUACGUUACUUCGCUUAGCGUUUAUGUCUAGCGCUCCAGCAUCUGCGGCAGUGUUGCAAUCUCUGCUUGCUGUUGCAUCGCUACAUUGCUACGGACACCAACCUCGGGCAGCCCACUAUAAGCUCUCCGCUAUUCAACUUCUCAACGAGUCUUCCAAACGUGGAUUGGAGACCAAGGAGAUUAUUCAACACGGUGCGGCUGGUAUGCUAUUAGCAUCAUUCGAAAUUCAGAAUCCCACCGAGACGUCUAGCCAUUGGCCAUGGUAUGUCUGUGGUUGCAAAGGAAUUUUCUACAGAGCCUGUGACGAUAGGUUGGCUUGGUACGAUAGUGACUUCCUGCUGCUGCUCGGCUGGAUUCAAUACCACGAGGUGGUCGCGCGUUUCAGUUUCCGGCAUUGGCGCGGCCACGGGGCAUUCGAGAGAGAUUAUGUGGCGGAUGAAGGCUUCACGGGUCUGCUUCCUGGCAUUUGUGGAACAGGGCUUGCUAAGAUCCCAUAUCCAUCCGGGCCAUCGAACGAGAUCCUCAGCCUCCUCUCGGAGGUUUAUGACAAUGUGGUUGAACCAUCUGACUCCAGAUACAACACAGACGAGUAUCGCAACUAUCUUGAAGUCUUGGAAUGGAGGAUCAAAAGAGCCACAGGUCCCUCCCACGCUACCCAGAUGACACACUCGGCACCGAGGCCGGACGCCCCGAUAGUAGCAAAGCUGUAUCAACUCGCCACCUUGGUCUACCUCGAGCGCACGUCGACAAAGUUAUCGGGUCAGUCAGAAAAGGUCACUCAGAUAGUGGACAGUGCUUUCAGCAUAUUCCGGGAGCUCGAGACAUGUCAGUGGCCUUUUCCGUUGCUCAUCUUUGCGUGCGAAGCGCGUGGUGAUGGGGAACGGAUGGUUAUUCUGGAUCUCAUUGCGAAAACUGAAAGAAAGGCGCAUGUCAGGAGCUUGGAGAGCCUGAAGACGAUGGUCAGGUUUGUUUGGACGCAGGAUGAUCUUGCUGAAGGGCCGAUUGAUUAUGCAGACAAGAUGAGUACCCUGAUGAGCAUAAGUGAUAGCGUACCUAGUUUCGUUUGA